GUAACUGCAGCAGCAGCAGCAGCAGCAGCAGAGGAGCUCGUGUUUCGCCGCGGAAAGGACGAACCAGAGGAUUUCUGGUGGACUCCAGGAAACACGCAGAGUGUGUUCUCAACUGAAGGAUAAUCAAAGAGCCUCCGUCUGUUGCUGCUGGGCCUGAAGAUACACAUUUCCCACACAUUUUGUGUGUUUGACAAAUUGCAUCUGAGGCUGAUCUUGGACCAGGUCUGUGUGUUAAACAUGGGAGACCAGAGGUCAGUCCGGCCCUUCCUGCUCCUGCUGCUGCUCCUCACGCUCCUCGCCAGGCUGUCACAGCUGUGGGCCUUCCCCUUCAGCCCGUCCCUGGACCUGGACGUCACUCCCAGGACGACUGUCUUCUCCAAAGGUCUGUUGGGCAGCACCCGUUUCACCGGUUCUUCCCAGAACUACAGCACCCUGCUGCUGGAGGAGGCGUCCGGGCUGCUGUACGUGGGAGGCAGAGGAGCGCUGUACGCCCUCAACACCUCCAACAUCUCCACACCUGGAAACCUCACGAUUGAUUGGGAUGCUUCCCCUGAACAGAAGAAGCAGUGUCUAAACAAAGGCAGAGACAAUCAGACCGAGUGCUACAAUCACAUCCGCUUCCUGCAGCGUUAUAACGAGACUCACCUGUACGUCUGUGGAACGAACGCCUUCAGACCUCUCUGUGCUUAUCUAGAUGCAGAGCGGUUCAGCUUCACCUCGGGCUUCGAGGAAGGAAGAGACAGGUGUCCGUAUGACCCCGCAAAGGGAUACACCGGCCUCCUCGUAGACGGCGAGAUGUUCACGGCCUCCCAGUACGAGUUUCGCAGCUCUCCAGACGUGCGCAGGAACUUCCCCUUCCCCACGCUCAGGACAGAGGAGGCCCCGACCCGGUGGCUUCUGGAGGCAGAUUUCGUGGGCUCCGUGCUGCUGAAGGAGAGCAUCAACAGCUCGAUCGGCGACGAUGACAAGAUCUACUUCUUCUUCACGGAGAGGAGCCAGGAGCAGAUCGCCUACCCGAGCCAGACCAAAGUGUCCAGGGUGGCUCGAGUCUGCAAGAACGACUGGGGCGGCCAGAGGACCCUGCAGAGGAAGUGGACCACCUUCCUCAAGGCCAGGAUGGUUUGUUCGGUCCCAGAAUACGAGCUGCACCUCAACAUCCUGCGCAGCGUGUUCGUCCUGCAGGGUCGAGACGCUCAGAGCAGUGUUUUCUACGGUGUCUUCGGCCUGGAAUGGAAGAAUAUCAAAGCGUCUGCUAUCUGCCAGUACUCCUUCUCAGACGUGCAGAAGGUGUUCGACGGGCCGUACAUGGAGGUGCAGGACUCCAAGUGGAGGGAGUACACCGGGAAAGUUCCACAGCCGAGACCUGGAUCUUGUAUAACAGAUCUGCACAGGUCCCAGGGCAUCAACUCGUCUCGAGACCUCCCUGACAACGUCCUCACCUUCGCCAGAAGACACCCGCUGAUGGCCAGCCAGGUGCACCCAGUAGGUGUGCGUCCACUCAUGUUCAAGAGGAGCGUCAACUACGUGAAGAUAGCCGUGCACAAGGAGCCGGCGCUGGACGGAAACAUUUAUACUGUUCUGUUUUUGGGAACUGACGACGGCUGGCUGCACCGAGCUGUCGACAUCGAAGGAGAAAUGCACAUCAUCGAGGAGCUGCAGCUGUUUGAUAAACCUCAGCCGGUAGAGAGCAUGGUCAUAUCCUCUGCUCUGCGGAGUAUCUACGUCGGCUCGCGCUCUGGAGUCGUGCAGGUGCCGAUGGCGGCCUGUCAGAGGUACACUUCCUGUUACGACUGCGUGUUUGCCAGAGAUCCGUUCUGCGGCUGGGACGGGAAGGUGUGCGUGGAAAUAUCCUCCCGUGCACAGAGGUCCAACAUCACCCAGGACAUCCUGAGAGGAGUCAGGGGCUGCAAGGAGAAUUCAGGAAACGUGGUCCAUCGGAGGCGCUCUGUGAUGGCGGGCGACGACGUGCUGCUCCAGUGUGAACUGCACUCCAACCUCGCACAGCCGCGCUGGACGCUAAACGGCAAAGAGCUCCAGGGAUACGGCCUGGAUUCCGGCUACCGCAUCGGCACAGAUGGCCUGCUCAUUAUCGGAGCUCGCUCCCAGCAGAGCGGGUCUUAUCGCUGCUUUGCUGUGGAGAACUCGGUCUCAGUCCUGGUUUAUCUCUACACCGUCAGAGUGCACACGGACUCGUACUUCCCCGUGGAGCCCACAGCCACGACUAACCCCACAACGGUUUCCAGCCCGACUGUUGUCUCCACCAGCAGCCCCACCGAGCAGCCUCUGCCCUCGCCUCCCGCCCCGGUGCCACCCGGACCCGAGUUCCAGACCUACAGGCACAUGGAGGCCGUGUACAUCUCCCUGGUGGCGGUUCUCGGAGGGCUUUGCCUGGUGUUGACUGUGGUGCUGCUUUAUGUGAGCUUCUGCACCAGACGGGCCCCUCAGGAGAGGAAGUUCUCCCAGCAUGGGCUCCAGGUCCUUGGAGCCUCCGAGAGAAAGAGGAGCUCCCACCUGGAACUCAAAACCAUCUCCAGCCACUGCAACGGCCGCCAGGAUCGUCGCUCCAUCUCGAUGCCAACCUUCGGGGACUUGGGCGACGGCUUCCUCCAGAUAGUUCCAGGUGAGGGCCAGUUUUCUCCAUGCAAAACACCUCCCCCCGCACCACCUCUUCCUAUGCCACCUCCGCUUCCCAACAUGGACUACGCCAACGGGCUGUCGGCGACUCUGCCCAGCGUGCUGAGGAAGAUGAACGGGAACAGCUAUGUGCUGCUGAGGCAGGCCGACUCCGAGGGCAUGUCGCCGCUCUACCACUCGUUCACGGAGGAGCUCAACAGGAUCCUGGAGCAGAGGAAACACACACAGCUGGACGUGCACCCUGAUGAGAGCUCCAUUUAGGACUCCCCUCUCAGUAUUUGUCCUGCUGUUAUUUAUUCUGACCCCAGCGGUGACCCGUAGUCGUGGGGGGAGAACUGACUGUUGUAUUAAACGCUGCUGUUAUUAACCCAGUGUACCUGCAGGUCGUGUCCUCACCUGAUCUGAAAACGUGCGGCCUCUCGUGUCUCCCAUGACUUCACUUCAACGAUGGACUACACUUAACCAGAGACUGCUGUUGGAGAAAGUGGAGCUGUGAAAUAUUCGACUGCACUCUUACAAAGUCACCACGAGUAGGGAGCUCAAUGAUGCUACCUCAGUGCAGAAAGACGGCGGUCAGAUGACACGAAGGAGGAGCGAAAACGGGACAUGGGGACAAACGAUCGCAUAUUUUUUUGACUCUGGAAGUGUUCAGGAAACUUUGUGAUGCCCCAACUGGAGCUUAAAAUGAUACUCCACAAAAAAAAUCUCUUUCUUUGUGCAUUGUUUCAUGGCUAAUCUUUCGGACCCUCUCUCACUGUCAUUUGUCAGACUAAUCCACAACUUCUACCGGCAUUUUUUUCUAUUCUUUAUGUUGCUGGCUACAACAUGAAAGUGUCCCUGUGUUGUCCCUCCAACGCUGGUGACCAACAGCCUGAUAUAUCUAUUUUAAAAUACUGAUGAUAUUGAACAAGAAUACCACAGUGGUUUCACAGCCUCCUGUCAUCGAGGCCCCUGUUUGAUUUUCUGUGGAGUAUCACUUUGAGAGCUCGGGUGGUAAAAACGAUUCAUACAUUUCAGUUUUUUUUUUAUUCAAACCACUCUUUCUUCAUGCUCCUCUGUUCUCAUGUACAGUCAAUGCAAUAACCACAUCGCUGUUGCAGCUUUUGGUGGCAAUGUGUUGUGUCGGUGCCAAUGGAAGCACUUGUAGCAAACUGUGAAACAAGUUUCCAGGUGUCUCUUAUGUUUUUAGUAGUAGUUGUAGUCCAUUAAAGGGCCGUCUGUGGUCAGAUCGAUUGGCUUCACUUGACAUCUGCAGACUGGCUUCAGGGCGACAGGAGGCUGAGAGGAAACUACAACACACACUUCAAACAGACAGAUGAGAUACUGAACAGAAAAUACUGCUUUUAGUUUUUUAUCUGUCCACGCAAACAUAUUUUAUCUUUCUCCCGAGACAUCAAGGCUGUAGUUUUAUCCCACUUGAUGUUACUAAAAGCCACAACAGUUUGUCCUCUGCUUUAAAAAAAAAAAAAAAAAAAAAAAAAAAAGCUGCUGGUUCCAGGUCGCCGAAUCAGACCAGAGAAGACCUUCACGCAUGCGACCCACAAAGACAUCCUGGGUGUUUACCUGACAUCAGAGCAAUGCCAAAACAACAAGAGCUGCAGAGCCCCACAGAAUCCCCCCUCGCCAAGGUGAACGGAGCGAUGAUUAAAUGACGCGUAUUUAACUUAGAGGGAAAGUGACUGAAAUGAAUCUCUGAGCGGUUUGUAAACGUGUCACGGCCGGUGGUAAAUAAAGAUCUGUCACUGCAGGAAAGUGUUGAAUCAGCUCUUGUGGCAGCGGCUCAGCAGCAGCCCUCUGUGGUGACUCGAGGCGUGCAUUUGUCACAGUCGCUGACAGUAACAGCGGUAGUUGGCUCGCCUCCACAGAGAUCGGAAGAGGAGGAGGAGGAGGGGGAGCUCCUUGUCUGUUUGCAUAGAGUCUUGUUGUCUCUGCAGGUAGAAGCAGACAGAAAACAUUUGACCUGAGUGUCCUGGUUAGCCAUGCAGGAAGCAGAUGAUGAUACAAGGAGGCAGGAGCUCCUUUGCACUUGCAGGGCUACUUGUCUGCCUUGUAAACCACUUUAUUCUAGACCUCUUGUGAUUGAGAAUACAGUCUAAAAAUUGCACUUCAUGCUUUGACUAAAGGGCCUCAGAUCCCACUGAUCCAAUAGCAUACGUACACUUUUACACUGGUGGGAAAUAUCUGGAUAUACAUUGAAUUUUGACAGGAAUGAACUUCUUAAAACCAUUUUUUUUUUUAACCUGAGCCUUCUGUUACACCAGUCUACUCAAAGCUGCCACGCUCCACUGACAAAAUCACAGUUUGUUUGUGUAAAUGUGGGACUUUGAUGCUUUGAAUAGUUUGUUCAGAUCGUAACCAACCUGUUAAAACACCAGACCAGUGAAGGUAAAAUUUGUGUUUUCGCCAGUGGAGUCUGGUGGCUUUGAACAGAGCGACGCAACGGCCGUCUGUCUCUGCAGGGAUGACUUAUAGACUAAACUGUCAUUCAGCCCCCAAAAUAAGUAAAACUAGACAGAUUACCCUUUAAUUUCUCCUGACGUCACGUCCUUAGGUGUGUUUUUCUCUGCUGCUGACCUGUGUGUUCAUUCAGAGAACACAGGACGAUGCAGCUUCUUUGCACUUGCUUUCCUCUUGUCAGCCUUUUUUAGCCCUUUUAACUUGUUUUUCAUCCUCAUCUCCAUUCCUCCCCUCUCUCUCCCUCCCUCCUUCUCCACUGCCCCUUUUGUUUUCCCGUCUCAUCACCUCUGGAUGACAGUAUCAUCUAUUACUCUCUCCGCUCGCAUUCACACUCUCUCAAGGACCCUGCUGAGUGUACAACGGCCGUGAUGGCCAACCUAAUCAAUUAGAGCCCCGGAGUUUGUGUUUGUGAACAGAAUGUUCUGCAUUAGUUUAACAUCAGAGAUACGGUUAACACUAUUCUUACAUUUAUUACAUGCUGGUAUUUUUGAUUUGUGGCAGCUUAUAUAAGAAUCUGUGUCACUACGUUAUAGUGUACUAACUCGGAAAGACUGAUGAGGAUUUCUGUUCUCUCAUCCCUUUCUCAUUUUACAGGUGUGAUUCCUGAGCAUUUCAUUUUAUUUAAAUCAAAGCUGUAAAGAAGUGUUCAUGUUGGGUUACUUUUUUAUUAAAUUGAGUUUAAAGGAGACAUAUUCUGCUCUUUUUCUGGUUCAUAUUUUUAUCCUGGGUUACUGCUAGAAUAUGUUAAAAUGCUUUAGUGCUCGAUCAGUUUUCUCACACAGUUCGUUUGCUCCUGUCUCUUUAAGACUGCGCACAGUCUCCUCUGAUUGGUCAGCUCUCACACACCUGAGCCAGCACCACUAACAACAGAACAGCUGUGCUAAAUCAAUUGUUAGCAAAUUAUAUGUGACAUUCUGAUGUAGUGUGAUGUCACAAAGUCACAGUAUUAAAGGCGGGACUACUGAUGAGGCGUUUGAGGAGCAGUGUUUUCUGUGGGACAGAGGAGCUUCUGUUACACCUAUUUAACUUUCAGUACUUUUUUUCAUGACAAACACUGAAGGAGAGGAAAAAAAAACAAAGCAUAAUGUGUCUCCUUUAACAUGUUAAUAUACUUGACCUUGUAUUAUAUAAAAGCUUCCAUCAUCAACAUGUUGAAAGCUUCGUCUGAGUCUCCUGCUGCUGCUUCAUUCUCACUUAAGGACAAUCUGUUUACAACAGACACUGGCUCUGCACUGUAUAUUGUAACAUGGACUUUAGGUGAAAAUAGUUAAAGUAUCGGCUUCCAGUUUUACUUUCACCCUGUUUGUGUACACACAAUCCCACAGUGAACUAACAUGAAUACAUCCUGCUGUGUCAAUAUGCAAGAGUAUAUUUUAAGUAGAGGUAGAUUAUUUCUCUCGGUGUUGGCCAAAGAAACUGGAGUAAAGAGUUCAUAUUUUGCACUGUUCUGUAAGUACUCUGUGAAAGGUCAUGUAGUAUAUCCUUGUAAACUGUGACACUUUCCA